AGAGCUUGUUGAAAACGAGUUUUGAUUCAUGCCCUUACAUCCUUGGUUUUAGUGUCAGCAGUCAGUGACAAUAGAGAGUGUAUACUGUUAGUUGUCCGUCUUGACUAAGAGCAUUUAAGUGCCAUUUUUUAAAAUGAAAGUUGAUGCUAUAUUUGCAACCUUUACCCUACAGGGUGCUAGAACUCGUUGAAUCGUGAUUUCGAACCAUGGACACUAGAAGUUCCAUUGUCUUGGACAAACCUGUUGUAUUAGAUCGUGCAUUCAGGAUUACUGUCACUGUCAUUAUUCUAGUACUGACUAUGGACUUUGUCUUGAGUGACCAAGAGAAAUCAUUACUGGAUGAUGCCGAGGUGGAGCUACAGAGUAGCGUCCCCUACAUGUCCACAGAGAAACGAUUGAUUUCCUCCCUUUUAAAAACGUAUGCACUGCAAGGCACACAAGGGCGUCCAGUCAGGAACACUUCCGACAAUAUGAUUGUCUACUUCGGAUUGUCUCUCAUCCAGAUACUGGAUUUAGAUGAAUCUAAUCAAGUCUUGAAAGCCAGUAUGUGGUAUCGAUACGAAUGGAAUGACAUCCUGCUGACCUGGGACCCAGCCAUGCACGACAACAUUAAGUCAGUCAUGAUACCCUCGGACAAAAUAUGGCUGCCAGACAUUUUACUUUACAAUUUUGCAGAUGACCGCUUGAAAGAACAGAGAGACGCCCUGUGUAUAGUCCAGCACACGGGGGACGUCCAGUGGAUGCCCCAAGCCAUUCUCCGCAGCUCCUGCUCCAUAGACACCAAGUACUUCCCCUUUGACCUCCAGACCUGCUGGCUCAAGUUUGGCUCCUGGACUUACAAUGGGAACAAAUUAAAUGUGGAGUUCGUGGCACAGCACGCCUUUGAUUUGAGUGACUAUGUGCUCAGUAACGAGUGGGACAUAGUGGACAACACAGCGGUCAGAAAUGUCAAGUACUACAACUGUUGUCCAGAACCUUUUCCAGACCUGACCUUUCAUCUGACCUUAAAAAGAAAGACGGCUUUCUACACGUUUAUACUGAUUCUUCCAUGUACACUUUUGUCUCUUCUCACCUUGGUCAUCUUCUGGGUCCCGCCAGAGUCUCCGGCCAAGUUACAGCUAGGAAUGAGUGUCUUUGUCGCUUUCUUCUUUCUACUUCUCGUGCUGGCUGAUUUCACCCCACGGGCCGCGGCUUCUAUACCUCUUAUUGGGGCGUACUUCUGCCUGAGUUUGGUCAUGAUAACCUUGUCCACAGUGUUGGCCUGUGUAGUAGCCAAUAUGUAUAUGAGAGGUGUCAGGGUGGACAGACCGCCCAGAUGGAUGCGAUCGUGCACUGUGAGUGGAGUGGCUAAAUUAUUUGGAGUGGACGUACCAUGCUCAGCUGGACAUUUGAACAGGAAAGAGAAAAACUGUGAACAAUGGUCAACCAACAAUGGCUCACGAAAUGUCCACAAACUAGACGACUUUAAAAUGGCCAAAGUUCGUCUUCUGGACAAUGGAAUAAAUCCCCGGAUGUUUGCACAACCAGAAGUGUUCGAGACCCCUGAACGUGACCUUGACCUAAGUCCAGAUAAGUUAGCUUCUGCUGCAUUAGUUGAAGAAGUGAGAAAAAUUCAUGAACUAUUACUCGGCCACCAGGAAAAGAAACAUUUAGUAGAGGUUCAAACCAAAUACCUCAAGGAAUGGCAGCUAAUCGCCUGCAUCACAGACCGCAUUUUUUUCACUGGCUACUUGGCUGUUAAUAUUAUCACUAUUAUUGUUUUGUUCUGUGGAACAUGAAAAUAACAAAAGCUUAUGAUAAAG